UGGUGAUCUAGGUUUUCAACUUGUUGGAUACAGAAGCAGAUUUUUCUCCGGAUAAAGAAGACAUCAUUGACAUGUAAGGGUACUGACGUUUAAAUAAGUUACUGUAUGUUUUUCGCCUUUAAUUAACUAGUUCUAUAAUUAACUAGUUCUAUAAGCUCUACAAGCCUUGGUAUAAAACAAGCUUUAAGAAAUUUCUACGAGAAUAGACUCUCAUGUGCAUGUCACUGUAUUUUGGUAAUAAGAACCUCAGCAAAAGCAUUCUAACCAGGAACGCGUUAAAAUGUUUUCUACCGUACUUUAAAGCUAAUAUUUACAUUCGCAUUCAGGUUCAAGACACUCGAUAUGGACAGAAAUGGUGAUUGUAAGUAUUCAUAAUUCUUAAUGGUAGUGUAGUUCUACGUGCGGAGUGAAACGAAUAAUUUGCCACACCAGUAAUUUUCCAUUGUGACACUAGGGUCUGUAGUAAUGUGAGAAUUAUCUCUUCAAUUUCUGAGCGCUUUUGCAUUUACAAGUACACGGUAAAAACGCACAGGUUGUUCCAAGUUGAUAUCGACAUGCGUGAACAAUGUUGUGCGGCUAACUAUGAACAAGUUGUCAACCAUGUUGUUCCAAAUUGUUACAGUUGAGCAAUGUUGUAACAAUGUUGAUAAUAGAGCAGUGAUAUUAGGCUAAAAAAAGUCUGCUCAAUUGAGGAAAGAGUGCAGAGUUAAAACAAUUGCGUGCUAGAUCCUGCAAGGAACAUUAGUGUCUCACCCAGGGAGGCAUCGCUGAUUUUAAGUACGUUUUCUUCUAGUGAAGAUUAGCAUGGAUGAAUUUCAGAAGAAAGACGGUAAAGCAGUGAUAAGAUUUGUUUCUCGUUUAAAGAGGAAUAAGCCAUACACGAAAAGCAGGAACAGCAAUCAAACUUGGUUGACAACAGACAGAAACAGCGGGAAAACCUUGCAAUCAUUGCGACAAAGGUGCGAAUUUAAAUAAUUGUAUUAAGGUGGCUCGAUACAGUUUUUUCAUUCACGAUUUACGUUCGUAUUUUAGGACAAUUAUUACUUGUUGAAAAACAACAUCGAAAGGGUUUGAAUUUUUCACAAAAGUUACACAACUACCGUUGCUAUGGCAACAAUGACGUUUCAAGAUCCCCAAAUUUUAUUUCAUGAAAAGAUUUGUUUUGACAAUUAAAUAAAAUUCUAUUCGGCAAAAUAAAUUAUUAUGAAUAAUCAAAUUUACAUAAUUUGAAAAAUUUUGUCUCAACGGAAUUUUGUUUAAUUGAGCAUACUAAAGGUCCGUUUACACUUGCAAUUUCUGCUGCGAUUUUAGGUGCGAUUUUCUUCCGAUGGAUGUGAACGAGUGGAUGAGCUAUGAAUGUUCAGAUGAGGGUGCAUCAGUGAGACAUAUGCUCUGAAUAUUCAUGAUUUAUUUUACUCGUUCACAUGCAUCAGAAGAAAAUCGCACUAGAAAUCGCAGCAAAAAUUGCAAGUAGUGUACUAGUGUAAACGGGACUUCAGAGAAAUCAUUUUAUGAAAUUAAAUUUGGGGUCACCGAUGACGUUUACGAGUCUUUUAGGUUGAUUUACUUAAGUAAGAUUUGUCCAAAAAUACUGGAGCCACCUUAAUCGACAUAGCAUGAACAUAUUACGUUACGUCCAUUUAGGCUUCAAAAACUGACACAACUCCCCCUGAUGCUUUUAAACGCCAGCGAGAGCCUUCAGGUAAUAUUUUGAAUAGAUUGCAUUUUAUCAGCUUGAUUGUUCCUUGCAUACCUUUAAUGUAGCUCCUAG